AUGCAGGAACGUAGUGAGCGAUGUUACAUGUCAUGUCCAAGACGCAUCCAAGGACAAGUGUACUUAAGGCAAGAACUGACGACAUCAAAUGAGGAGGCAGAGAACAUCAUCGUACAGCAAGCCGUCAGGUGCGCAAAAGAUCAGCCUGGUGCUGUUGUGGUUGUCGCGAAUGACACAGAUGUUUUCAUGCUCCUUCUCCACCAUUAUGAAAAUGAGGGUCUAGCCAGUGCUAUGUUUAUGGAGUCACCAGUGCAGCAAAGGUCUACGACAGACGUCAAGGCCACUGCACAACAACACCAUGCCGUUGUUCCCGGUUUGCUUUGUUACACAUGCGUUUUCAGGCUGUGAUACUGUCCCUGCCUUCUUUGGAAUCGGCAAAGGAAAUGUGCUAAAGAUUCUAAUGGCUCUUCCUGAGUCUUUGACAAAGCUAGGAUGA